GACUCACGUCGAUCAUCGCGCCAACCAACGACCGCCAUAAUACACCUGCGAACAUCCUGCGAAUCCACCCGCCGAUGAAUCGCAUGCCACAUCCUCAGCGAUGAAGUUCGGGCACGAAUACUCGACCGCGCUCGCGAACGAGGGUUUUCCUCAAGAGUGGGUGGACAAGGCGAUAUCGUACAAACAUCUCAAAAAAUGCAUCAAGAAAGUUCAGCGGGAACUGGAGGGGCUAGGCUUGGAUGAGGCAACACUGCAAGCCGUGAGCGGUAUAAUUUCUCAACCACUCGGACCCGAGGGGAACAGAAAACAAGAGAAGGAGCUGUUCUUUUCCGCGGUAAAACCACACUUGACAUCGAUACCCGAGGAGUUCAGUCCGCAACUGCGUAUUUUGGUUGACAGCACGGGAACGCCACUGGAUGCGAGACUUGCGCCUGAGACCAGGGAAUCCCUGCGUAAGCUCGCACGACACGAGCUCGUGGUCGUCAACGGUCGCAAGGAUCAUUACGGCGAUCGCAGACAUUCGAACACGCAGGAAGAGCCAGGGCUGCUGCAGGAAGAGGAUAUCAGUUUCUCGUCACCGGAUGCACGAUGGGUGCAAGUGCCUCUGAACUCCGCCAACGACUUCUUCGAGACACUAGAGCCGAAAUUACAAGAUUUGGAGAAACUUCGAGACGAGGAGACUCACAAUCUCGAAGAGGCAAUUCUCGACCUUGGAUCGGCAGUUGAGGAUGUUGUCCAGCCAGUGCGGGAAGGCUUCGAAACAAGGCGUGAAAUGUCAUAUCGGGAUCUUUACUUUUGGCGGGAGAUGUUCCGACUCUACCUGGAGACGCCCAUCUUCUACAAUGAGACCGAGCGACGGCGAGGCGCCUUGACCUUUACCGAAGCUAAGUCGAAUCUUGAGAAGUUCGACUUGCAACUUCGCUCCACGGGCUUACUGGCGAAGAUGAAGACUCCGCAAGCACAACGCGCCGCCAAACAGUUUCUCGACCUGAACGUACAAAUCCUCUCCAUUAUGCACUUUCAAGAAAUGAACGCCCGCGCAAUGGCAAAGAUCCUCAAAAAGUUCGCGAAACAAACCCAUCUCCAAGGGAAAGACUUCACCAAGGGCCUCAAGGUCAGAUAUCCUCUCAUGCUAAGCGCAUCCAAAUCCGGCGCAGGAAGUUUCGCCGAUUCCAUUGCGCGCGACUUGCACAGCGAGAUUGGCAGCAAAGUGCUCUCCAUCGUGCCGCAACUCGACGACUGGAUCUGUCCCGUGUGCUACGGCAUGGCAUGGCGACCUGUCAACUUAGGUUGUUGCCGGUCAGUCUUCUGUAUCCGCUGUAUCAUUCACCUGCAAGACGAAGGCAUGAAGAAGUGCCCAAUGUGCAAUAGCGAGACGGUCCUGAGCGCGGAUGGCCGGAAUAUCGACUUUGAAACAAUGCAGUUCCUCACAAAAUACUUUCCAAUGGAGGUGAAGAAACGGCAGAAAGAAAACGAGAGAGCGAGUUUAGUGCGGGAGCAUGGAGAGGAAUUCGUAAAGGGACCGGCUUGCUCUGUCAUGUGAGAUUGGGAUGAAUUGUAACGACAGCAGGAGACUCCUCCACGAGGACGAGAUGGCGCAUUUAGGCAAGAAUACUGGACUGGACGGCACUUUGGUUUUUGACUAAUUGAUGGAUGAGAUACCCGCGACCUUCGCAGCAUGCCGUGUAUAGAAGCAUUUUCUUUGACAACCACAGACUUCUCAACAGGCU